AUGUCUUCGCUGCCGGAUGGAGCGGGCCGCCCGCGUCGAGUCUCAUCUGCCGCAGCGACCGUUGACCCCGUGAUGCGCAAUGCCCUGCGCUAUACUGUCUCACCGCGCGAGUACGCCGCGCUGCACAAAUACAUCAUCGCGCGAUCCAAGACGUUGCGCCGCAAAGCGCCAACGCCCGCUGCCGUUGAGAAGAGCCUGGCGCCGACGCCCGCCAGCGCUGCGAGCGACUACAAUGCCAAGGCCGUGCGACAUGCCCUGCGCGUCUUUGCGGCGUCCUGGCUCGGCAUGAAGGGAUACGAGUUUGUCACCAACAAGAUAUCCAAAGACGGCGCGCCUACGCAAAAACAGCCAUUUUACAAGUCGCCCGCCCUGCGGCUCUCUCUCUCGCUAUCGAGCAUCCUCUUUCUCUACCGGUUGCUCUUUCGCUUCCUCACGCGCCUCCGUGCUCACCUCUUGGAGCCCGCCGUCGAACCGUUUCGCCGGCGCAACCCGCGCACCGCUGCCGCGCUCACGUCGCCAUACGCGCCCGCCGUCGGCGCCUCCUUUGCCGGCCUGGCCCUCGGCAUCUACCCCUCGCCCCCCGUGCGCGCCGGCGUCGCCCUCUGGCUUCUUUUCAAGGCGCUCGAGUACGGCUGGGACCUGGCCGAAGGCGAAGGCCUCAUCUGGGGCACCAAGCAAGGGCGCAAGCGCGAGCGGCCCUGGUGGUUCGGCAGCUGGCUGCUCCAGCCGCUUGCCUUUGGUCAGCUGCUCCACGCCGCCGUCUUUGACAAGGACUGCUUCCCCGAGAGCUACGGCAAGUUCAUCUGGGGCAACUCGCCCGUAUACCUGCACGGCCGCCCCGAGGGCUACCCGACGAGCCUCAAGUGGCCGAGCAAGGACGAUGUGGUUACGAGCCUGUCUGAGAUGGCACGACUAAACUGGCCGGCCUUCAUCUCGCCCACCAUGUUCCCCAACAAGAAGAACAUCCUCCCUCCCACAGUCACGGCCGUGUCGCCCCUGACCUCGCAAGCGCACCCUCUCAUCACAUCGCUCUCCUGCGCGGCCCUCCACCCGAGCGAUCCGUCGUGCACGCGCACCUACCUCACAUUUUGGCUGAAGUCGUUCCCGCCCGCCGCCCGCUUCUUCGUGCUCUUCUACUCGGCUAUGACCGUGAUCCCCGGCUUCCGCCGCUUCUAUCACAGCCCCAUUGCCGGCCUGCAGCACAUCCUCGCGCGCUCCGCCCGCAUGACGGCCUUUGUCACCGGCUCCCUAUCCACCGCCUGGGCCUCGAUCUGCUUCUUCCAGACCUACCUGCCGCGCCACCUGCUUGCGACGCAGCGCUUCUUCCUCGGCGGCUUCGCUGCCGGCCUCUGGGCCUGGAUCGAGCGCCGGCAAGGCCGCAUGGCCUUUCUCUACAGCGCCCGCGCGAGCGUCAACUCGCUCUGGAAGGUGGGCGUUAAGCGCCGCUGGUGGCGCGCCAUGAAGGGCGGCGACCUCUGGGUCUUUGUCCUCGCCCUCAUGAUUACCGGCGUCGUCUACGAGCGCGACGCCAAGGCCAUUCAGCAAAACUCGUUCCGCAAGGGCGUCAGCUGGGUCCGCGGCGAGGGCUGGCGAGACUGGGCCAUGGAGGAGGACGACGAAGAGGAGACCAAGGAGAAGGAGGAGUAA